CCCUCUCUCGCUCGCCGUAGAUAAAAAAAGAGCCCGCAGUUCUCCCAGCAUCAGCACCAGCAGAAAACGUCUCUCCUCCCUCCUCCUCCGGUCCAGCUCCGCUCAGCCUCCUCUCCGUCCACUGCGGAACUUCGGCCCGCCUCUCUCCUCCUCGAUCCCCCGGCUCGGCCAUGGACAACACCGGCAAAGAGAAGGAGGCCAUGCAGCUGAUGGCUGAGGCCGACAAGAAGGUCAAGGCGUCCGGAUCCUUCCUCGGGGGGAUGUUCGGGGGAAACCAUAAGGUGGAGGAUGCCUGUGAAAUGUACGCCAGAGCAGCCAACAUGUUUAAGAUGGCAAAGAACUGGAGUGCUGCGGGGAAUGCGUUCUGUCAGGCUGCUCGGCUCCACAUGCAGCUGCAGAACAAACUGGACUCGGCCACCAGCUUCGUCGACGCCGGCAACGCCUACAAGAAGGCCGACCCACAAGAGGCCAUCAACUGUCUAAAUCAGGCCAUUGACAUCUACACCGACAUGGGUCGGUUUACCAUCGCAGCCAAACACCACAUCACUAUAGCGGAGGUUUACGAAGCUGAGUUGGUUGAUAUUGAGAAGGCCAUUGCCCACUAUGAGCAGGCCGCAGACUACUACAAGGGAGAAGAAUCUAACAGCUCCGCCAACAAAUGCCUCCUGAAGGUCGGCCACUACAGCGCUCAGCUGGAGCAGUACCAGAAAGCCAUUGAGAUCUACGAGCAGGUUGCCAUGAACACCAUGGACAACCCUCUGUUGAAGUACAACGCCAAAGAGUAUUUCUUCAAGGCGUCACUGUGUCACUUCAUAGUGGACGAACUGAACGCCAAGUUGGCCAUAGAGAAGUACGAGGAGAUGUUUCCAGCCUUCUCAGACUCCAGAGAGCUCAAACUCUUAAAGAAACUGCUCGAUGCCCACGAGGAGCAGAACAGCGAGGCGUUCACGGAGGCCGUCAAGGACUUCGACUCCGUGUCCCGUCUGGACCAAUGGCUGACCACCAUGCUGCUGCGCAUCAAGAAGACCAUCCAGGGCGACGCCGGGGACCUGAAAUAGACACGUUCAGAGGGCACGACGGGGAUGGGUUGUAAUUAAGGAAGGGAGAAGGGGUUAAGAUGGGUUCUGGUGGAAGAAAGAAGAGAGGGAGGGAGGGAGGGAGGGAGGGAGGGAGUUUACAGUUGUACAUAUCAGUCUGCAUGUGACCCCCCAUCCAGCUAAGCAUCACCUUUAAACCACCUUUAGACCAUCCCGUGUCCCUCGUCCUUCAGUAUUGUUCCCGUAACACUGGACAGAGAAAUAAAUAAAAAGGUGUGUGUGUGUGUGUGUGUGUGUGCCUGAGAGAGUGUGUGUGUGUGUGAGAGAGAGAGAGAGAGAGAGAGAGAGAGUGUGUGUGUGUGUGUGUGUGGGAGAGAGAGUGUGUGUGUGUGUGUCUCCACUGCAGUAAAGUGAAUUAUAAACUAUUUGAUGGGAAAAGUGUGCCGCUUAUAUCAGAUUAAAGGAUAUAUUAUAUUAAAAAAAAAAUAAAAAAGGGGAUAACAGUCUUAUUUAAGAGAUUACUGAUAUAUUAUUGUCGAUACUGAAAAUAUUAUUUAUGUUUAUUAUGGUUCUCAGUGUUACGAUUCGUCUUAAUAUUUUAGGUAUUAGAUCCUCGCCUCCCGUCUUUUAUCCUCCUUCA